AAAACCCACCUCCCUCUCUCUCUCCCUUACUCUCUCUCUCUCUCUCUCUCCUCGUUCCUUCGCUCCUCCUUUCCCUCUCUUCCUACUCUCAAUUACAUAAAUUUCGUUUCUCUGUGAUUUAUCGAUCGGGUCGGCUGUAAUCUCUCCCACCCAUGACGAUGAUGACUCCUCAGCCAAUGGAUCAACAGGAAGAUGAAGAAAUGCUGGUGCCAAAUUCGGAUUUAGUUGAAGAUCCUCAACCGUUAGUUGAAGGUCCCCAGCCUUUAGUGGAAGGGCCUCAGCCAAUGGAAGCGGACAACCCUGGAACAGUUGAAAACCAGGCCAAUGAUGAGCCACAGGCAUCACGGUUCACAUGGACUAUCCCUAGCUUUUCUCGAUUGAAUACAAAGAAGCUGUAUUCAGAUGUCUUCCUUGUUGGGGGUUAUAAAUGGCGUGUGCUUAUUUUUCCCAAGGGAAAUAAUGUGGACUAUCUGUCAAUAUACUUGGACGUAGCUGAUUCAGCUACCUUGCCAUAUGGGUGGAGUAGAUAUGCUCAGUUUAGUUUGGCUGUAGUUAAUCAACUGCGCAGCAAGUACACAAUAAAGAAAGAUACACAGCACCAGUUCAACCAAAGAGAAAGUGAUUGGGGUUUCACAUCUUUCAUGCCUCUUAGCGAUCUCUAUGAUCCCAACAAGGGAUAUCUCGUUAAUGAUACAUGCAUUAUUGAAGCUGAUGUUGCUGUACGUAAGGUCAUUGAUUACUGGGCGUAUGACUCAAAGAAAGCGACCGGUUAUGUAGGGCUUAAGAACCAGGGAGCAACUUGUUACAUGAACUCUCUACUCCAAACUUUGUACCAUAUCCCUUACUUCAGAAAGGCUGUAUAUCAUAUGCCUACUACAGAAAAUGAUAUCCCUACAGGAAGCAUCCCUUUAGCAUUGCAGAGUCUAUUUUAUAAGCUCCAAUAUCAUGACACUAGCGUCUCUACAAAAGAAUUGACCAAGUCGUUUGGAUGGGACACAUAUGAUUCCUUUUUGCAACAUGAUGUGCAAGAACUCAAUAGAGUUCUGUGUGAAAAGCUUGAAGAUAAAAUGAAGGGAACAGUUGUUGAAGGGACUAUUCAGAAGUUGUUUGAGGGGCAUCAUAUGAAUUACAUAGAAUGCAUCAAUGUAGACUUCAAAUCCACAAGAAAAGAAUCAUUCUAUGACCUUCAACUUGAUGUAAAAGGUUGUAAGGAUGUCUAUGCUUCCUUCGACAAAUAUGUGGAAGUUGAACGUCUUGAAGGAGAUAACAAAUAUCAUGCUGAAGAACACGGUUUGCAGGAUGCAAAGAAGGGUGUAUUGUUCAUUGACUUUCCGCCAGUUCUCCAGCUUCAGUUGAAGCGUUUUGAAUAUGAUUUUAUGAGGGAUACUAUGGUUAAGAUAAAUGAUCGAUAUGAAUUCCCAUUGGAACUGGAUCUAGAUAGGGACAAUGGAAAGUAUUUAUCACCCGAUGCAGAUCGAAGUGUGAGAAACCUCUACACACUUCACAGUGUCUUAGUUCACAGCGGCGGGGUGCAUGGUGGACAUUACUAUGCUUUCAUCCGGCCAACACUCUCGGAUCAGUGGUAUAAGUUCGAUGAUGAGAGGGUCACUAAAGAAGAUGUAAAGAGGGCAUUAGAGGAGCAAUAUGGUGGAGAAGAAGAGUUGCCUCAGACAAACCCUGGCUACAACAAUACACCAUUCAAAUUUACAAAAUACUCAAAUGCCUACAUGCUUGUGUACAUACGAGUCAGUGACAAAGAUAAGAUAAUAUGUGAUGUGGAUGAGAAAGAUAUUGCGGAGCAUCUUCGGGUAAGACUGAAAAAAGAGCAAGAAGAUAAGGAGGAUAAGAGAAGAUACAAAGCUCAGGCUCACCUUUAUACUAUUAUCAAGGUUGCUCGAGAUGAAGAUCUUAGAGAACAGAUUGGGAAAGAUAUACAUUUUGAUCUUGUGGAUCAUGACAAAGUUCGUAGCUUCCGAAUCCAGAAGCAGAUACCUUUUAACACAUUCAAGGAAGAGGUUGCCAAAGAAUUUGGCAUACCAGUUCAAUUUCAGCGUUUCUGGAUUUGGGCAAAACGACAAAAUCAUACCUAUCGUCCAAAUCGGCCAUUGACACCCCAAGAGGAAGCACAAACAGUUGGAACAUUGAGGGAAGCAUCCAAUAAGUCUCAUGCUGCUGAGUUGAAGUUGUUUUUGGAAGUCGAGCAUGGACUGGAUUCACGCCCAAUUUCCCUACCAGAGAAAAAUAAAGACGACAUACUGCUAUUCUUUAAGCUCUAUGACCCUGAGAAAGAAGAGAUUCGAUAUGUUGGGAGACUUUUUGUAAAAAGCACUGGAAAACCUAUUGAAAUCAUGGCAACAUUAAAUCAACUGGUUGGAUUUGCUCCUGAUGAAGAGAUUGAACUCUUUGAGGAAAUUAAAUUUGAGCCCUCUGUGAUGUGUGAGCGGCUCGACAAAAGAGCUUCAUUCCGCUUUAGUCAGAUUGAAGAUGGAGACAUUAUUUGCUUCCAGAAGCAGAUUUUGCCUGAAAGUGAAGGAAAAGUUCGAUUCCCUGAUGUUCCUUCUUUUUUGGAGUAUGUUAAAAAUCGCCAGAUUGUGCAUUUUCGAUUUUUGGAGAGACCCAAGGAAGAUGAAUUUUCCCUAGAAUUAGCAAAGAAUCACACUUAUGAUGAUGUUGUGGAAAGAGUGGCCCAGCAUCUGGGCUUGGAUGAUCCAUCAAAAAUUAGGCUUACACCUCACAAUUGUUAUUCCCAGCAACCAAAACCCAAUCCCAUCAAAUAUAGAGCAGUUGAUCAAUUGCUUGAUAUGCUUGUCCACUACAAUCAGAUUUCUGACAUACUGUAUUAUGAAAAGCUGGACAUUCCUCUUCCUGAAUUGCAGUGUCUUAAAACACUCAAAGUUACCUUCCAUCGUGAGGAUGAGGCUGUGAUUCUCAAUAUCAGAUUGCCAAAACAAAGCACUGUUGGAGAUGUGCUUAAUGAUAUUAAGACGAAGGUAAAUUUAUCUCAUCCAAAUGCAGAGCUUAGGUUGCUUGAAGUUUUCUACCACAAGAUUUACAAGGUUUUUCCUGUACAAGAGAAGAUUGAGAACAUAAAUGACCAGUACUGGACUCUGCGUGCUGAGGAGAUUCCCGAAGAAGAAAAGAAUCUUGGGCCUAACGAUCGCUUGAUUCAUGUAUACCAUUUCACAAAGGAAACUACCCAGAAUCAAGUGCAAGUUCAGAAUUUCGGAGAUCCUUUCUUUUUGGUCAUUCAUGAAGGCAAAACGCUGGCAGAUGUCAAAGUUCGCAUUCAAAAGAAAUUGCAGGUUCCUGAUGAGGAGUUUUCUAAGUGGAAGUUUGCAUUCUUGUCAUUGGGACGACCUGAGUAUCUCGAGGACUCUGACAUUGUUUCAAGUCGUUUUCAGAGGAAAGAUGUCUAUGGUGCUUGGGAGCAGUAUCUGGGGCUAGAACACUCGGACACUAAUCCGAAAAGGCCAUAUGCUGCAAGCCAGAAUCGCCACACAUUUGAGAAGCCAGUAAAAAUAUACAAUUAAAUUCCAAACUGCAGCUGGCUUAAGCCCGUAAUGAGAAGAUUUGCCUUGGUCUGCUUCUCUCAAAGGUUCUGGUUAUGCUUUUAUUUAAUAGCUCGUAUCCUAUGACUGACUUAGAUCGGAAGGGGGAGCUUUACUCUUAGACGUGCAUUCGUUUUUGUGGUUGGUAUAUAUUGCACUUUCAUUUUUGCAUUGCUAUCAAGUAUUCGGGCAAAAUGUUGGAUUUUUUUUAAAUUAUGUGUAAGUUAUGAUGGACAAGACAGACGAUUUUGGGUGGUGUAGUUGUAAAGAUGAGUAUAGUUAGGCCUUCCGCCUUCUCCUUAUCCUUUUUCCCAUGUCGAUUUUAUUUUGCAUCGCUGUUGUGUUGUUUGUAUUUCUUUGUGUCUUCUAUAAACAGACGGGGAGAGGAGAAUGAGGAUCUGUUUGCCUGCCUGCCUGCUUUGUAAAACAAACAAUUAUCCUGCUUUUUCAAAGUACAUAUAUAUUAUUGUUGUUA